AUGGGCUUUACGGGCAUUGCUGUCGGCACUCUCAUGGGCCUUUCCACUAAGCUUGGUAGCAAUGUACUGCAAAAGGUCCCAUACAUGCGCCAUCCAUGGGAACACGUAUUGCUAAUGGGUUUAGGUGCUGGAUUGGGCAGUUAUUUGCAGAAUAAAUACUAUCGGGACCUGAAAGAGGUAGAAGAGCUUCGCCAAUAUCUCGAACGUCGUCCGGACGUCAACAAGAAGGCGUAA